GUUACACGCUGGCGUUGUGGCGUUGUCAACAUGUCGUUUUUGGUUGAUUCCUUUGUUAUGUUGUUUUCUCAGGUGCUGUUUUUUGCAGGGGGAUGGGUGUUUUUCUUGAAGCAGUUAUUUCGUGAUUAUGAGGUCCAUCAGCCGGUGGUUUUGCUUGUCUUCUCCGUCACUUUCUCUCUCUGCUGCGCUAUGUUUGAGCUGAUCAUCUUUGAAAUACUAGGAAUUCUUGACACCAGCUCUCGGUACUUUCACUGGAAUCUCUUUCUGUUCUCCAUCCUGGUUUUUCUGAUAGCAGUGCUACCAUUCUAUAUUGCCUACUACGUGGUCAGUAAUGUCCGCUUUGUUCCACAUAGAAAGGAUGUUAAAGUGUUGCUGACGUGUGGUGCAUGGACUUGCUUUCUUUACUUCUUCUGGAAAAUUGGAGAUCCAUUUCCUAUUCUUAGUCCUAAACAUGGUAUCUUCUCUAUAGAGCAGUGUAUAGGCCGUGUGGGCGUGAUCGGAGUCACACUCAUGGCUUUACUCUCAGGCUUUGGUGCCGUCAACUGUCCCUAUACUUACAUGUCCUACUUUGUCAGGCAUGUGAGUGAGGCCGACAUCCAGAGUAGUGAGAGGAGGCUCAUGCAGACCAUGGACAUGAUUGUCAUGAAGAAAAAGAGAAUAGCACUGGCCAAGCAGGAGGGGUUGCGUCAGGCCAGUACAGCCCGGAGCUCUGGGGGAAUCUGGGGCAUGUUGAAGAGUGUCACCUCCAAUACCUCUGGGGGAGAAAAUAUAGGUUUACUACAGCAGGAGACUGGGGCCCUAGAGGAGCUGGGGAGACAACUCUUCCUGGAAACUGUGGACCUGAACAACACUGUGGAGAGGAUCAGGUAUUCCAAGACAUUUAAAGGCCGAUACUUUAAUUUCCUUGGUUAUUUCUUCUCCAUGUACUGUGUUUACAAGACCUUCAUGGCGACAGUAAACAUUAUAUUUGAUCGUGUGGGAAAGAAAGAUCCAAUAACCAGGGGCACCGAAAUAGCCGUCAAUUACCUGGGCAUCCAGUUUGAUGUCAAGUUCUGGUCUCAACAAAUAUCCUUCCUUUUAGUGGGUAUAAUCAUUGUCACAUCAAUACGCGGACUUCUUUUGACGCUUACCAGAUUUUUUUAUGCCAUAGCCAGCAGCAAAUCCUCCAAUGUAAUUGUGUUGUGUCUAGCGCAGAUAAUGGGCAUGUACUUUGUCUCCUCGGUCUUACUGAUCCGGAUGAACAUGCCCCCAGAAUACAGAUCCAUCAUUACAGAGGUACUUGGAGAGCUUCAGUUUAACUUUUACCAUCGCUGGUUUGAUGUCAUAUUCCUGGUCAGCGCACUCUCCAGUAUUGGCUUCCUCUACAUAGCUCAUCAGCAGUCUCCUGAGAAACAGAUGUCCUAGCAGGAGGUUUUAGCCAGGUGUCCUACAUCUAGCAGGGUUUCCUAGGCGGGUGUGCUAGCCGGGUGUCAAAGCCAGAUAUCAAUGACAAGUUUCCGAGUGUGACAGCAGGAUGCCCUGUCCAGGUGACUUGCAUAUAGACAGGAUUCUGCAGGGAACACAGAUUGUGGGACCUACAUGCCUUGACGUGGAUGUGGACUUGUCUGCUCACACUGUGAGUUAGCUGGAUGGCAUUCCAUCAUUAUGAGAUUCACACAGGCACACAGACAAUGGAGUGCUAUCCGUUUGAACCUGGCUGCAUUCAUCUAGGGACGCAUAUGUAGAAUUUUGAAUAUAGUGUUGAAUUCAACCUUUACAACAUUCAACCAGUCUAGAGCAGCCUGCUAGAAAUCUGGUUGUAGCCUGCUGUAGACUGGUCAUGGCUGUAGCCUGCUGUGGACUGGUCAUGGCUGUAGCCUGCUGUGGACUGGUCAUGGCUGUAGCCUGCUGUGGACUGGUCAUGGCUGUAGCUUGCUGUGGACUGGCCAUGGAUGUAGCCUGCUGUGGACUGACCAUGGAUGUAGCCUGCUGUGGACUGGUCAUGGCUGUAGCCUUCAGUGGACUGACCAUGGCUGUAGCCUGCAGUGGACUGACCAUGGCUGCAGCCUGCUGUGGACUGGCCAUGGCUGUAGCUUGCUGUGGACUGGCCAUGGCUAUAGCCUGCUGUGGACUGGCCAUGGCUGUAGCCUGCUGUGGACUGGUCAUGGCUGUAGCCUCUUAUUGGCAUAGCUGCUGUAUUAUUCUUAUAGCUUUCAUUAGACAUUGCUGCACCUGGGUAUGUGCAUAUAAUCUAUGUUUAAAGGAGAUUUGUUACUUCAAACUGAAGAAUCCAUUUACAGUGUGAAUCUAGCGUAGGAUUUGCCUUUUCUAACUAAGUCUGUAGAAGUUAUAUCAAAAAAUAUAGAUUGCUUCUUUCAGACAAUCUACUCUGGGCAAAAAUUAUAAGUUAUAUGUAUGAGCUGACGAUUUCUCAUUGAAUCUAUAUGUCUCUUCUGUAUAGAAAUGUGCAAUAGUUGUCAAUUUUAAUAUAAAUUAUAAUAAUUGUUUAUUUAAAAUCCUGUGUUUUUUUAUUUAAAAGUAAAAAAUAUCUCUCUAAAAGUUAA